CCGAGCCCCCGUGUAGAUUCUCAUAUUACUCCCAGCGCUUGAUCCGAGCCAGAGAAACAACAUAAACAUGUCUGAAGGCGACUGGAAGAACCGUUAACGAGCGACACUCACCGGCCACCUCAAGUGACCUCGACACGUCGUCGUUCCAUUUUGACCCACUUUUGCUUUUAUGCUUCCCGUCGUGUUGACGGCUCGCAACCCGGGAAGAUGCCGCAGAAAGCGCUGGGAUCCAUUAUAGGGCUCCUGUGUGCCGGGUUAUAUCUGGUGCAGGGCAAGGAGUAUUGUUUUGGGGUGAACAAUGAGCAAUACCAAUGCGAGAUGGGAUACUGCUGCGGCGAGACGGAAUGCUGCACUCACUACUAUGAGCUGUGGUUGUUUUGGCUAGUUUGGACCCUGAUCAUCAUGCUGAGCUGCUGCUGCGCCUAUCGACACCGGAGGGUUAAAAUGCGGCUGCAGCAGGAGCAACGGCAACGUGAAAUUAGUCUCAUGGCCUACCAGGGGGCCUCCAGCUCCUUCUUUUCCCCGCCACCCCUCAACCUAAGAUUCUGGAACGACUGCAAGCUUCCAGACUAUGAGGAGGUGGUGGGUCACCCUCCGACUCCGCCGCCCCCUUACUCUGAAAACCCGCCUGAAGCUGCUCCAGAUCCCCCACCUCAAGCAAGCCAGCCAGAACCCGAUGCGGCACCACAACCCUCGCAAGAUGAGCAGCCCGGGUCAGCCGCCGAUGCCUUAUGCUCAAACCAGGAAGCCGCAUCAGUGCCAUUUUUGCCUCAGGAGAACACGGCGGAUGCGUCGCUCAAGGAAGAGGGAGAGGAGGAGGAGGAGGAGGAGGAGGAUGAUGAGCUUGUCACCCGGCGCCGGCACGUGACCGGCGACUCAGGGAUAGAGGUGUGCGUUUGCCGGGUGGACGUGGACGAAGGCUCAGGGCUGGAGGAGGAGAACGAGGAGGAGCAGCGCAUGUGCAGGGUCAGCGGCGGGGAGUGCUGCUCCCAGCACCAGCAGCCGCCUAUCAGACAAAAGGCCUCCGACAUGUCUGACGGCCCAGCCACCAGCACGGCAGACAGCCUGGUGUGAUCCCUGUGACGCCGACCAGCCAGCCCGGUGCGACACUCUUCUUCUUCCCACGCGGCGAUACAACAUCGUCACCACGGGGGAAUGUCUGUGUUUUAUUGUGCGAGCUAACACACGGACACGACGCUUGGACGACGGCGAUCACAAAUCCUCACGCGAAAUGAAUAACACAAUGUCAGGAAGUUUGUUUGUUGGCUUCGCUCUCCGUUUUCGUUUAGCAGCUCUUAAUCAAGAAGACGAGGAUGCUAAGCACCCCCAUCUUGUUUUUGUUUCUCAAAUCCUUUCCGCCCACCGAUCAGUCUUGACAGUAAACCGUCCGGUGGGAUGUUCCUUAUCAUCAUCAUCAUCAUCAUCAGGACACCAGCAGGGUCAACAUUUCCAUUCUGUCCCUACUCGACUUAGGUUAUAAAGAAAAACCUCGUAACUAAAUAGAACCCAAUGUAGGGCAUGGCUAUACGGUCGCCACAGCAACAAGCUUCAGGUGUGUGAUUUUAUUAUUUUAACGUGUGGCGUAGACAGGAAGAUGCCUUUUUUUUUUUUUUUUUUUUCCCAAAAUGGCAGACCAGCUCAUAUUGAUGUCUCGAAGGUUCCCACAGGUCAGGUUUCAUGUGAUCACGACAAGGCUUGGCAAUGUGGCAGCCAUGAAAGAUGUUGGUUUUAUAUGUUUUCUAAAAGAAGUCCUCCUAGCAUGUAACAACGGGGUUGCUAGUGAGCAGAUGUCGUGAGCAAGUAAAGGCACGGACUAUUAACAUAGAUUGCAUGAUUAGUGUUUGACAAGUUUCCAUGACAACGGCUACACAAUUCUGUGUUCAAAUUGUCCUUAGCUUGUUGUGCGAUGUUCUGCUUCAGACUACAAGCGUCCGUAGCCUGAGCUCUUGGCACUGGGAAGGACUUGCAUGGUAUUUUCCACCAGCACCAGUGCAGAAAGGGGCAGUUUGAAGUGGAUGUUUGCAGAUGCAGAAUCUAUUGUUGUGAUUAUUGCCAUGCUUUUUACAGCAUUGCAUGUCUCCAGAAUCGUGCUCGAGUGGGUGUUGUCACAAAUACGGAGGGGGGAAAAAAACAUAAAACAAGAUUGUUACCAGAUUCGUCUUGCUAUUGUGCAAGAUGAGCAAUUUCCCAAGAACGUGAAGGGAUUAAAGCAUCAUAUUAUCUUUAAAAAUGGGCUAAUUUCCCUGCAAAACCUGAAGCAAGGCAUUCCAGUUAAAACACAACAGCACUAAAAACCUAAGGCUGGAUUUACACUGCAGUUUUAAAAGCGCACUUGCAAUUUAGUAUUAGAAUGUUGUUAUAAUCCAAUCGGUCCUUUGAAUGCUAAAAGUCACAUUGGCAGAUAUUUGAUCCGACGACAUUUGGUUAUAUUUCCAAACACUGCCAUGCCCACAUUGUGUCACUUGGAAGGAAAAAAAAACUUUGUAUUGUGUCACUUGAAGCAUGAGGUCUUGUGAACCAUUUUAGUUCUUUUUAUGUUCUAAAAAUCAAAUUAUUAUUAAUAUUACACUAAUUUGCUUUGUUACCUCCAAGAAAACAGCUCAGCAUACAUUGAUCAUGUACAAUAUAUGUCCUUCAAUUUGUCUGCAUGUGGCCCUUGGUGAAAAAAGAGACACUGCUGAUGUAGUGCAAAUCCAACCACAGACACUAAAGCUAGAAAUGAAAACACAAACUUUCACAUAAACCAAAAUGUCCCAUUUCCUACUAAUUACAGUGUAUUGCUUUUUUUUUUUUUUUAAACCCCACCAUGGUCUGUGAUGCAAUUUUUAAAUUUAGCCGAGUGUUCAGCAAAUGCUUACAUUUCCACAAGUCGGCUAUUUUUAAUUUGGCUAUUUAAAUGAGCUGUGGGUUUAUUUUCAGCGGUGAUUAACACAAUGCUGACAAGGCCGGUGGCCGCCUAACAAGGUUUAAUGCCGGGUUCUGCUUGUGGACGCUGGAAGGUUCAGUAACCCAUAAAAGGGAAACUGAGACCUUCACUGGCGGCAGUUGUUUGGUUUUGGGGGGAUAAUAAUAUGCAAACAGUACAUAACAGUUUAGUUUCAAUGUUGGAAGAUGACACAGAGAGCCUGAUCAAAGACUUGCAAAGGGGCUUGUGGGUUUGUACUAACGCAACUGUGACCUUUUGAAUAGAGCCGUGACACUCUGUGAGCAUGACCACAUACAGUAGACACACCCAGAUAAGACAUGUUGAACAACAAGAACACACCUAUGCCUUGUUGCAUCUCUACAGAUGUCUUAAGUGAUGAAAAACAAGUCUGUGUGUGUUUCUGCCUUAUUAGGAGUCGCUAUAGUUACAAAUGGCUUGGGCCGGUCCUUGGAGCUUUAGCAUUACUAAGCAAUUCAUCACCCCCUACAGUAUGUAUAGUGAGGAUUUAAAUACGUUCACUUUUGAAGCAUGCGCAUUGAUCGUACAUUUGAAAAUUCUAGUGCAUGCGAUCCUUCCUGUCACAUAAAUGAUCUAUCAAGAAGAGAUUAUUUCAAGUAGUAUUGCCACACUAAAAAGAAAAUGAGUAUGGGAAGAAAAAGCAUAUUAUUGAAUUAUUUGAGGAUUAACAUUUGCAAUGUUACAAAAUAGUGAUGUUUAAAGAAAAACACUAAUGCGACAAAAUAUUUAGCAGGUAGGAAAAAAGUUGUGUUUUUGAGAAGUCCUAAUGUUAUGAAAACAAAUGCUUUUUCAGAAAAUGUCGAAUAGAGAUGUUGCAAUUUUUUUUUCUUAAUGUUGAGAGAAACAAAUAUAUCAUGUUUUAAGAAUAUAGUUGUAUUUUUGUGACAAGAAAUAAAUAGUAAAUUAAAUAGUAAAUUUAUUUCUAUAAAUAGGGCUUCUACCGCUUGUCCCACUGGGGUCGCUUAUGAGUAAAUAAGUAAAAAUCAACAACUUUUUUUUUAGGACAAGCUCCUAAGGGUAAUUCUCUUAAUGUGUCCAUGUUCAUGCUUGUAAUUAACAUUUUUUUUUUGUUAAACUCACACUUUAUUACCAUAAAAUUCCUUUUCUGGUAAAUUUGCUUUUUCCCUCCUUAAACUUGUACGAUUACAGUUGUAUUAUGGCAUUUUUUCCUUGAAAAAUGACACAUCUUCUUAAAAUUACAUACACAUUUCACAGUAUACAACUUUAAUCUUGCAUGAUUACAAUUUUUUACACAAUUCUGUUAGAUUGCAGUAUUUUUUUUUGUAAAACUGCAACCUAUUUUCUUUUUGGUGUGGCACUAAUACUCCUUUCGUACAAAUUGGAUACGGAAAAAAAGUGUGAAACUAAAAUAAUGAGUGUACUUGACUUAAAGCUGGAGGCCCCGUAGUGUCCUAAUAGCCUUCCGUGGCUUUCAUGUUUACUGAGACUAAGGGCUAUAUCAGUCAUGAUCGUCCAUCCACUUUGAGACUGCUUUAACCCGCUAUCAUUAAGGUGUUUUCUUGUGGUGGUGCUUCUAUUGUACAUAAGCUGAUUGUAUAUGACGGUGUAUGUUUGUUUUAACAGGCUUGCCUUUUGUGUUGGCAGAAUUGAUCCUUUUUCUUGACUAACCCAUCAAGCCAAAGCAUUAGUUCCAUCCUUGUGUGUGAAUGGUAGUUUUGCAUCUAUAGCGUAUUGUACUUUACUCAACCAGGCUAUGCAAAAAAAGAAAAAGUACUGUUCUAUGCUGCGAACCGACCCCGCCCGCCCGCCCCUACUUUGUCAUGCGGGCACCAGUACUAGCAAUAUGACUCUCAGUACUGUACUGUAAUCUUUGUGUGGUCUGUUUAUAAAAAAUGUAAUGCUCAGCAACAAUGUAUGUACACAGAGGGGCUCAAAGCUGAAACAAAGCCAUUUUUGUUUAUAUAUACACACGUCACCCCUCAAGUAACAUCUUGUCUGCCUUUUCAACCACUCAACACAUUUUAUUAAGUAGUAAGAAAUAAAUAUAUCAUACUCAUGGAUUGAUUCAUCCUUGCGUGCGUUUAUCACAGUUCCGUCCAUUUUGGUUGCAUUUAUGUGUACAACAUUUCACAGACUUAACAUUAAUGGCUGCCUUUCAUACAACCGUCACUGUAUUGUUUUGUCUCAAAACCUGUAGUUCAUACAGAGGGGAGAUGCAGUGGGUUGGAUUUUUUUUGUGUCCAAAUAACCCAAGAUUGUGUUGUUUUUCUAACUAGUUCAUGUACGCCUAAAUGACUAAAGUGGGGGAAAAGCACUGACUGAUAGAUAAUAUUGCUCUUUUUGGGUAUAAUAUGUCUGCUGUGUAAUGUUUGGGUCAUUUGUAUUUUAUUUUUUUUAAUAAAAUAAAACCUUGGCACUCGA